GUGUCUGCGCUCAUGCCUUUCCUGAACACACACAGUGGAGGACGACAAAAACCAGCCCUGAGUCGAGGAAAUGGGUGGUUCUGAAUCAAGUCCACAAAAUACUUCAAUUUACUGGAGCUGAAAAGGGAGGAGGGAAGCUGCAAACCUGAAAACACAUUCAAAGAGUCAAUACACUCUUGGCAUCUGCUGGAUUUAGGUCACACUUGGUUCAGUUCUUCAGCAUGGCGUCUCUUCUGAUUUUUGUCACCCUGCUGCACCUUAGCACUCUGGCGGUUCUCUUUAUCGCCACCAUGGAGAAGUCCUGGUGGGUUUGGGACAACAAGGAGAGCUCAGACCUGUGGUACAACUGCCAGUUUGACAACGAAACUGAGAGUUGGUUCUGUGCCACUUCAGAAGAGACGGAGUGGCUUCAAGCAGUCCAGGUUCUGAUGGUGCUGUCGGUUGUGUUCUCCUCCAUUUCAUUCCUGAUUUUCCUGGGACAGCUCUUCACUAUGUCCAAAGGAGGACUCUUUUACCUCACCGGCGUCUGCCAGGCUUUUGCCGGCCUCAACGAUUUCACCGCAGUUCUCAUUUACACUCUGCACAACAAAGAAAUUCUUCAGGGGAUGCAGGAGUUGAGUUCGGGACACUUCGGCUUCUGCUUUUUCCUGGCCUGGGUCUGUGUGCCUUUGCUCCUGUGCAGCGGCAUCAUGUACAUCCAUCUGCGCAAAAGGGAAUGAACGUCCUGAAGGAAAAAAAGGAGAAGCCACGCGAAGAAUGUUUGCUGUUGACAUACACGACUGAGCGAUUAUACUCUUCAACGUGGCAGAGACAUUCGCUUAUUUAGACUGUAUUCAGCCACAUAUAAAUACGCACGGCUGAAAAUAUAGCCACGACGCACGCAGCGUAAACGAUCAGCACUACUUCGUUAACUCUUAAAGGGCAAGCAUGACUAAUAGGCUUAUAUCUGAUUAGCCGAGUUAUAUCCAAUUCAAUAAUAAAAGGGGCCAUACGACCUAAAUCUCAUUACAGUCUGAAGGGAUACUUGUAUGGUGGUAUCCAUACGCUUAAACUUCAAGAUGUAUUUUUCUAAAUAAAUUCGAUCAAGUCAUUAA